AUAGUCUCGUUUUGCAGUCUGAAUUUUAAAAAUUGCAACAGGUGACUCAAAAUAAAAAUAGUCACGUUACAACGACGGUUUGAUUUUCUUUCAUUUUUUUGUAAAUUGAAUUUGGAAACAUGUUGUAAUAAUCGCACUUGGUGGUUAUCAUGCCAGCAUCUCGACGGAUACGGGAGUAUGGACAUUCAUCUGGAGAUGAAAUACCGCGCGAAGGACAAAAAGUAAUAAACAAUCUUGCAGUAAUUCCGCAACGAUGGAUAACUGUUUUGGCCUGCUUUCUCAGCUUACUGAACUCUUGCAACGUGCAGAUUUGCUUAUCCAUAGCUAUAAUUCAAAUGGUUGAACCAAUAAACACAGUAUCAUCAAAUAACAAGGCAUGUCAACCAGAAAUAAUAGAGGUUCAAUCGUAUCGCAAUGAAACUUUCACGAAAGGGGAGACAUUCGAUUGGGACGAAAAAGCACAGGGCCAGAUUUUAUCUUCCUAUUACUGGGGUUACAUAAUCACGUGCAUACUCGGCGGCUCAAUUCUUGACAAACUCGGUGGUAAACAUACGAUGGGUACGAGUAUACUGUCAACUGCGUUACUCACGCUAAUGGUGCCAAAAAGUGUUGAAUGGGCCGACGCAACUUCGCUCACGAUCAUACGAUUUCUCACCGGUUUGGGUAGUGGAAUGUUAAAUCCAGCGAUCAUGAGGCUGAUGAGCCGCUGGAUACCUAAAGACGAGCGUUCGUGGGCUGCUGCUUGGGCUUUUUCCGGUGGAAUAUGUGGAAUUAUAGUUGGCAUGGGUGGAUCUGGAAUUAUCAUUCAAAGAUCUGGCUGGCCAACGAUGUUCUAUACUUACGGUGGCUUUGGUAUCGUCGUGUUUUUCGCUCACUGCGCGAUCUGCUACGACUCACCUUACGAUCAUCCCUUCAUUUCCAAAGUCGAGUUCAAGUUUCUCAAAGAAAAAUUAAAACACUCGUACGAAGACUUACCACCAACACCAUGGCGUCGAAUAAUCCGUUCAAAGCCAGUCUGGGCUGUUUUAGUAGCUUUGAUAGGCAACAGUUGGUGCCACAUCACAGUUGUCAGCGACAUACCAAAAUUCAUGAGCAGCGUAUUGAAAUUCAACGUCGAAACAAACGGCUACGUCUCCGCCAUUCCCCACAUUUAUGCGUGGAUCGUUAGUUGCACGCUGUCAUGGAUUGCCGAUCGACUGAUAGCCAAAAACAUCACUUCUACCACUUGGGUUCGCAAAAUUGGUAAUAGCAUCGCAAUGUUAGGUACAAGUACGUUUCUCCUGGUUGCUACUUAUGUUGGUUGCAAUCGAACUCUUGUCGUUGGUCUUCACGUCGUUGCUAUGAUAAUGUUUAGUUGCAUUAACUUUAGUACAUUGGUUAAUGCUCUGGAUUUAGCACCGAAUUACGCUGGUGCCAUACAAGGAAUUCUACUUGGUAUUAGUAUAAGCGUUGGCUUGGUGUCGCCUUAUGUUGCUGGAUUGUUGAUACCUAAUCAGACUGUCGACGAGUGGAGAAUUGUGUUUUGGCUGGUUUUUGUCAUUUGCGUGGCUACCAAUUUGAUUUUCUUUAUUUUUGGCAGUGCUGAAGUGCAAGACUGGAACGAUCCAAACUAUUUGAAAUACGAAGAACAUGGAAAGAAUGCUAAUGUUAAAGAAAAUAUUAAGCUUGUAACGAAGAAAAUGCCAAGAAAUGAUAUUGUAUAA